AUGAUCAAGGUGGAAGCUAAGGAAACAUUGUUCACAGGAAAGGAAUGCGAGGCCAAAUGGAAAAACCUUAAGGAUCGCUGCACAAAACAUCAAAGAAGUGGUUCAGGGGCGCCAGCUUGGGAACAUUAUGAAUUAGUGAAAACUAUAAUCGGGUGUUCAGGGAGCAUUUCACAAACCAUUGUAACAAAUAUUCCAGACAACAGCAGUACCUCUGCUGGAUCAAGCACCCCCACUACAGUCACAGAUCUUUUCAACUCAUUCUAUGAGGAAGACGAAGAAAGCAAUAUGGUGCAGGAACAGGAUGUUCAGUUCGUCUCCCAGUCCACACUUCCACGGGAACCAUGCCUUGACCAGUCACCCACUGUCUCAACAAAGAGACUGCAGGGGUCCUGUAGUCAUGCUGGAAGGAGCAAGAAACCUAGAACUGGCAACCAGAUUGACCAGUCAAUACAGCGAUCCUUAGAAGCAUGCUCUUCAAAGUUGGAGACUUUGCAAGCAGAAAAGGAUGAUGGCCAUCAUUUCUGCCAGUGCAAGACACAGAGAAGAGAGGCCUUUCACAAACUGGGAGAUGUAUUGUACGAACUGGAGGCCACCAGUGCAGACUACUGA